AUGUUAUGGUUCAAAGAUGGCGAUAGAAACACUAAAUUCUUCCAUGCUCAAGUUAAUGGGAGAAGGAAGAGACUGAAAUUAUCAAGGAUCCAGAAUAGCCUUGGUAACUGGAUUGAAGAAGAUCACUUAAUAGCAGAAGAAACAAUAAGUUUCUACAAGGAUCAAUUUACUGAGAGUGUAGUCCCAAAAGAUUUUGAUAUUCUAAAUCAUGUGCCUUCAAUGGUAGAUAGGGAUCAGCAUGAAAGAUUGACGGUAUUGCCUUCCAAUGAAAAAUUGAAGAGAGCAGUUAUGGGGUUGAAUGAGGACUCAGCUGGUGGACCAGAUGGUUUCACUGGAGCAUUUUACCAAACAUGCUGGGAAAUUAUUGAAGAAGAUGUUGUCCAAAUGGUCAAGGCUUUCUUUUGCGGUCAGCGGCUGCCAAAGAGUGUUACGCACACAAACCUAAUUUUAUUACCAAAGAAAAAAGAAGUUAUGACCUUUGCAGACAUGAGACCAAUCAGUCUUAGUAACUUUGUUAACAAGAUUUUCUCUAGGGUUAUUCAUGAGAGGUUGGUUGAAUUACCACCAAACAUAAUCUCAGAGGAACAGACGGGUUUUAUGAAGGGCAGGAGCAUAGUUGAGAACGUACUAUUAACUCAAGAAAUCAUUACGGAUAUCAGGUUGAGAACAAAAGCAGGUCCUAACAUUGUGAUUAAGCUUGAUAUGGAAAAAGCUUACGACAGGCUAUCAUGGCUAUUCCUGACCAAAAUAGUAAGGAAAAUGGGAUUUCCUGAAGCUUUUAUUGGCUUGAUCUUUGAUUUGAUUGGGAAUAAUUGGUACUCUGUGCUUAUAAAUGGUCAGCCUAAUGGUUUCUUGAAAUCAUCGAGGGGAUUUAAACAGGGUGACCCUUUGUCACCAACUCUAUUUAUUCUAGCAGCAGAAGCACUUUCGUGGGGUUUGAAUUCACUACACACUAACCUGUAUUUCUGUGGAUUUGGAAUGCCAAAAUGGAGCCCAAAAAUAAAUCAUCUAUCAUACGCUGAUGAUACAAUCAUUUUUUGCUCAUCUGAUGAAACAUCGUUGAGACUUGUCAUGGAGGUUCUGCAAGCUUAUGAAUCAUCAUCUGGUCAACUGGCGAACAAAACCAAGUCAGCCACAUACAUGCAUCAUUUAACGGAUAAUGAGGUGAUUAACAAGGUGGAAAGGAUUACAGGUAUACAAAGACAAGGUUUCCCUAUGACCUAUCUUGGAUGUCCUAUAUUUUAUGCAAGAAGAAAGGGAGACUAUUACCAAGGAUUAAUCACUAAGGUUAUGGACAAACUACAGUCAUGGAAAGGCAAACUUCUGUCUGUAGGAGGCAGAGCUGUUUUAAUCGCAAAUGUCCUGCAGAGUAUCCCAAUUCAUAUGUUAUCAGUAGUCAAUCCUCCAAAUUAUGUGAUCAACAAAUUACAUAACAUUUUUGCCAACUUUUUGUGGAGCAGCAAUGUCGGAGGAAGCACUAGAUACUGGGCGUCUUGGACUAACCUGUGUAUGCUUUUUGACGAGGGAGGCAUAGGUUUCAGGUCCCUGUAUGACAUAUCGAAGGCUCUUUUCUACAAAUUGUGGUGGAAUUUCAGGACUAAGCCCACUUUAUGGAGUGCAUUUAUUUGUCAAAAGUACUGCAAGAAACUAAAUGCAGUAAUUGUACCUUGGAAAUGUGGAUCACGAGUGUGGAGAAAAAUGCUAGAAUUUAGGGAUUUGAUUGAGCAUCAAAUCUACUGGAAACUGAGAAUGGGAUCAGCUCAAUUCUGGUUCGAUAAUUGGACUGAGAUGGGAGCCUUAUAUUUUCAGGUGCCUACAGAGUUUGGUAUCGAUGAGGAUAUUCAUAAUGUCAACGAUCUGGUUGAAAAUGGUAUGUGGAAUGUGGAUAAAAGUUUUGAGAGCCUACCUGAAGAUUUGGCAAACCACAUUGUGCAGAAUAUUAGACCACCAACUGAAAGUUCACAGUUAGAUACUCCUUUCUGGAUGCUUGAAACAAGGGGACAUUUUACAGUAAAAUCUGCAUGGAAUUACCUGAGAAGAAGGGACAACCCAAAAUUAGCUUACAAGAUGAUAUGGGUAAAAGGUUUACCUUUCAAGAUAUCAUUUUUCCUGUGGAAGGUGUGGAAAGCAAAAUUGCCACUUGAUGAUUUAUUGCGUAAAAUAGGAUACUCCAUGCCAUCUAAAUGUUGGUGCUGCGCUGAUCCUAAAGAGGAGUCUUUAGUACAUUUGUUUUUCACAUCAAAUGCAGCUAGAAGUGUUUGGAGUUACUUCCUGAGGAGAGCAGGAAUUGCAUUAGAUGGGUUGUCAUUACAUCAAGCAAUUACAAAGUGUUGGACAACACCAGUAGUACCAAGAUUGAAGCCAGUUUUACAAGCUUUACCUGCAUGCAUUGUAUGGGAACUUUGGAAGAGGAGAAACAGUUUGAAAUAUGGAGAAGCAGUAUCAGUGAGCAGAGUUAUUUACCAGGUGUCAUCUACUUUGCAAGCACUAGUCCAAAUGAAAAAGCCAAGACUACAUGUGCCUCAUAAGUGGCUGGACUUACUGACAAUGAUGGAGCAAUACACACCUCGAAUGAAAUAUGAUAAAGUGUUAUGGGAAUUUCCUUCAAGAGGAUGGAUCAAAGUGAAUACGGAUGGAGCAUGUAGAGGGAACCCAGGGAGGAGUUCAAUUGGUUUCUGCAUAAGGGAUGAGGCAGGUGAUUUGAUAUAUGCAGAAGGAAGAGAGAUUUCUGAAGGAACCAAUAAUGAAUCAGAAGUGGUAGCUAUUGUGGAGGCUUUGAGGAUGUGCAAAAUUUUUAAUUAUGGCUGGAUAUGGCUGCAGACAGAUUCUCUGCUAUUAAAGAACAUUAUAGAGGAAUCAUGGAAGCCUCCAUGGUAUAUUACUGAACAUGUAGAGGAAAUGUUAAGAUUGAAGGAACAAAGUAAUAUCAAGGUCACACACAUUUUCAGAGAAGGGAAUACAUUAGCAGACCAUCUUGCCAAUUACGCCCUCGAUGAAGGAAAUACUGAGUGCCAUGGUACACAUUAUGAGUUAAAGUCCUUUGUUGCGGAUUCAAAGUUUGUUAUUUUCGGACAAAUAACUGCAGUAAUAGUGGGCACACUUGUCUCUAAAGCUGUGCUCGAGCAGAGAGACAUCGAGUUGGGAAGACAAAAGAUUCAUUCUAUUGUGUUGUCCAAUGAUGUUUGGGCAAGAUUAAAGGAGCUGGAACGGAACUCCAAAUGCUCGAACACGCUUAUUUGUGGUCUCCAAUGGCCUGUCUUUAGUUUAGCACGUUUUUUGCAAUCAAUUCGAGGUCAAGGGGACAUAAUUGGAACACACAACAGGCAACAUGGAGGAAUACAUGUAAUUCAAGGCGUGGUCCACGUGAAUGGGAAUCUGCAAAGCAUAUGCAGUCAUUGUUGUUUAAUGCAAGCAUGCUCAUUGGGACCUAUAAGGAAAGAUUCCAUGGGAAUCUGCAUUGGUACCAUUUCUUGGACUACGAUGGAAGAUUCACGAGAAGGAGCAGCAUGCCAUUGUUGGGCACGCUCAUCACGAGAAAAAGCACGCUAUAUUUUCUCCAAUGGCCAGUCAAAUUAG